AUGAUCACAUCCAAUACAGGAUCUUCUCCAACGGUUAGCCUCUCUGCUACCAAUAGUACCACCAACACGACCACCACUACCACGACGAACCAUUCUCCUAUUAAACCCAAUCCUUCACCCAACAAGAAGAUCAUGAUGAAACCGACGAUCACUACUCCUCCACCUCCUCCUUCUCCGUGUCUGAUGAGUCAAUUCCCAACCACAUCGUCAUCAUUGGGAUCAAGUCCUCUCAACACCAAUUCCCUAGUGCACUCUUCUUCUCCUUUCAACAAACCACCACUGCAACAACAACCACCGAUUCCUCAUCAUCAACCGUUUUUUCCAUUUCACAUUCCACCCAUGCACCCAUUUCCAGGAAAUCCAAUCAUGACUAACACAUCCUCUUCUUCCUACUCAACCGUAAAUUCAUUAAUUCCUCCAAAUCCAAUGAUGAUGGGAAUUUACCCUCCUUCUUCAUCUUCGUUCAUGAUGUCACCACCUGGGAUGCCAAAUCAACAUGUUCCGAUGAACAUGAUGGUAGGACAUCAUCCCUCUCCACUACAUCAUAAUCCAUUUACCUCUCCAAUGAUGACUAGUCUUCCUCAAGGAAUUCCUAUAACCACAAGCUCUGGAACACCACAAGAGACUGCACCAACCAUGUCAAACUCAAACACCACAACAUCUCCUCCACAUGUCACCUCUAGUACACCACAAGCAACUACUACUAAGAAGACCAAAUCUUCAUCAUCAUCAAGAAAAAAGAAAAAAACAGCCCAAGCACGGAGAAAAAACCAAGCCCACCAAAAAGAAAAAUACCCCACACCAGUCAAUCCAUUCAUACUCAUAUUAUUUCCUAUUUAUUUGAGAUUGGACUAUCAGAUAGUGCAAAAACGUUGGAAAAUGACCUCAAUAAUCCUCAACUCUUAA